CAAAUUUUUUUUUUAUGACCGGUUUGUUUUGUAUCAAUACUAUAUAUAUAUAUAUUCGUGCUGGUGUACAACCAAUAACGCAAGAGGGGUUCACAGUAUCGGGAUAAAAGAAGGGAUACAAAAGUUGCAAGUGUGGUUACGUGUGAUACGACAAUGAAACGUCAAAAAUAAUUUUCAUAACUCGAACCCAUUGACGGAACAAUUAAACAUGAUUUUAGUAAGCUUUAAAUGUAAUUAAUUUAGUUUCAACCGGAACCGAGCAUUAUCGAUAUAAAUUGUGCAAAAAUUCCAAGGCGAGUUUUGAUUUUUUGCAAUCCUCCGCCAUAGAAGUUACAAACAGCCUCUACUCUAUGUGCGUAUCAUUCUCUAGAUAAAACGUAAAGAGCGAUUCUAGUGUGGCACUUGAAACUUGAAACACCCCAAAGGGGCAGUAACUUCCGACCAACUGCCAUGACAGUGUCAUUGUCAGCUGAUUCAUUUGCCUCGAAUAUAUUGACAAACCGUAGCCCAGUGACAAAAACCGUAACGAUACGUGAUAAAUAAGUUCGCAGUUACAACAAUAAGGGAAUGCAACACGGUGAAAGCGCGUGAAAAUAAAGCAGUGAAUUCGUCGUUGCUGCAAAUAGGAAUUCUGAGGAGCAAAUGGAAAUUAUGUGACAUUCCAAAUAGGUCAUAAAGCGAUAUGGCUGGAAUAUGUAGAAAAUGGCGUUUGUGGAUCUUACCAGUCCUCACUUGUCUCUAUGCUCUCCUAAUAAUUGUCUUAGUGCCAAUACUCUUGGCUAAUUCUAUUAAAAAUGGCUUAAAAAAGCAGGACCAGGGUGCUUUGGUUGGAGGAGCGUUUGUCUUACUUGCUCUCCCCAUAGCGUUUUAUGAAAUAAUUCAGCAUAUGAUACAUUAUACACAGCCUAGACUACAAAAAUACAUAAUCAGGAUACUUUGGAUGGUACCAAUUUACGCUUCCAAUGCGUGGCUCGGACUUGUUUAUCCUGAGGGCAGCAUAUACGUAGAUAGUCUACGAGAGUGUUACGAGGCAUAUGUAAUAUAUAACUUCAUGAUGUACCUGUUGGCCUACCUCAAUGAAGAUCGUCAAUUGGAGCACAGAUUGGAAAUAUCGCCACAGGUUCAUCACAUGUUUCCUCUUUGUUGUUUACCCAAAUGGGAAAUGGGACGUGAAUUUGUUCACAUGUGUAAACAUGGGAUUCUGCAAUACACAGUAGUUAGGCCUAUAUCGUCUUUGAUAUCAUUUAUAUGCGCAUUGAAUGGCGUUUAUGGUGAAGGCGAGUUUCGAGGGGAUGUUGCCUUCCCUUACAUGAUAGCAUUCAACAAUCUGUCGCAAUUUAUAGCGAUGUACUGUCUCGUAUUGUUUUAUCGUGCCAAUGCUGAAGCCCUGCAACCAAUGAAACCAAUUGGAAAAUUUCUAUGCAUCAAAGCCGUCGUUUUCUUUUCCUUCUUUCAAGGCGUAUUGAUAGCAUUGCUUGUCUAUUGCGACGUUAUUUCGAGCAUCUUCGAUACCGACAACACCAACGAUAUAAGGAACAUAUCGUCAAAGCUGCAAGAUUUUUUGAUCUGUAUCGAAAUGUUUUUGGCUGCUGUGGCUCAUCACUACAGUUUCAGUUAUAAACCAUACGUUAAUCUGGCUCAAAGCCAGGCAUGGUGGGACGCUUUCAGAGCUAUGUGGGACGUGUCGGACGUUCACAAUGACAUAAAGGAGCACUUAGAAGUGGUGGGUUCAUCGUUGAGUCGAAGAAUUCGUGGACGUGGUGCGUACCAACAAGCCUGGGGAAGCGCCAACGAAAGAACGUCCCUUCUGCCAGAUUUGCCAGCCCCAGUAGUGACAACAGCGAGAAGCGCUCCGGCGAACGUGUUCGUCACCGGUCGAAUGACGAAUGGUGAAACAUCCGGUUAUGCCAGUAACGUCCUUGAAUAUUCACCAGGUCCAAUGGACCAGAGUCCAGACCCCUUGGAAAAUGGAAACCAAGUGAUCACGUAGCCCGAUGAAUGUCAACACAAACCGAAGAAUAAGAACGUAAAAACACGAACGCGAAUAAUAAUUUAAUGAAAAAAAAAUGUGAAGAUGACAAUGAAGAAGACGAAUUUUGUAAUGAAACUCACAUACGUCCUGACAGACAAGUUUUAAUUAGCUACAUUAUUUUUUAGCUCGUUUUACGAAUGAGAUUGUAUAGUUUUGCAUAUAAAUGACCGUGUUUCUCUUUUGAUUUAAGCUAUUUAGAUGUCAAGGCUAUUGUUCAAAAGUUUGGAACAACGGUUUGAUAUUAAUCUUGUACUCACAGUUUUCACAAUGGCGACCUUCCCAUGGGUUUGGCAGCACGUUUGGUACAGACGCUGCUUGAAAAUAGAGAUUUAUGUAAUAAUGAUAAACAAAUUGGGGCCAAUUUCGUUCAUGAAUUACAGAGGUAUUAAGUGAUUACGAUUCAUCAAAAUAUUCCAUUCGUUCGAUAAAAAAAGUAUCUACUAUUUAAUUCAUUGUUACAUAGUUUUAAAGCAAUUCAAAAAUGUUAGCGAUAUCCUUGAAUUGUUGAAUUAUUUAAAAAUUUUCAAACAUCUAUUUUUUAUAAAUGUUAUUUGAGAAUGAGCUUAGAUUUUUUUUCGUUAAUUUAAUACCUAGACCAGUUUCAAACUUUUGAACAGUAGUCCAUAAAUGUACAUAGCCAAAUCAAUCGUAGCAUGACCUCCAUCUUGUGGGUUUUAUCUCGAUUUUCUUCCUGUUAAAACUACGCAAACGAGGCUAAUAAUAUGAAAUUAUCGUGCUAUCACCAGCGAAGAAACUCGAAUAAUUUAUAAACAUGCUUUAUUGAGCAUUGUUAAUUCUUUUUGGAAAAUAAUGCCAAAUUGGAUUUCAAUUCAUCACAUUAUUCUAUAUGGAAGUUUAAGUUAAAGUUACAAGUUAUCAAUUGUACUCACCGAGGUGAAAGCGAUGAGUUUUUCUGGCGAGGAAAUUAUUCACAAAUUUUUUUACGUGAUUUUUAUUCGAGGCUUUCCACGUGACAGUUCUACUCGAAUAUCCUGAUUAUUUCUCAUUCGUUCUAAUUUCCUGCUAUUCUAGAGAUGAAUAUUACGAAGCAAAUGACAAAUAACAUUUUUUCACAGUUUCUAACGUCCAGAAAAGCAGUCCAAGUGUCGAAUGAAUCGUGCUUUCCUUCAGUAAGCAAAAGAAUGAUGCGUCCAUUUACGAGAAAAGUAAGAGAAAAAAUACAAAUCGGUUUUUGAGACUCGGGCUGUGUUCUUCCUCAAGAUACGAUGAAAAUGUUUGAAAGUUACUACAAAUACACGAUUCUCGCAACUAGAAUGCUGGAAGAUAAAAAAAAAAUCGCUUUCGGCUCGAAAAACCAUGUAAUCCGCUUUUUUCUAUCCAUCACUACUUUUUCCAUUAUUUCUCGUAUCGAUAGUGGAGACAGGACAAAAAUUUUUCAAACUUUAUUCUAUUUCCAUUCGAGUCACUGAGACAAAUUAUUUUUCAACUAAAGGCCUCUUGUCUCGAUAACCACGUCCAUUGCAAAUUUUACGUGAUCCCUGUUUCUCUACAUGAUAAAAUAAUGAAAAAUAAAAAAAUCAGUUGAUCGUUCCGAGGACUAGUCAAAAUUGUGAAAUCGGCAUUUUGCAAUGACAAUACGUUAAUUAUUAUAUCGAUGGUGUUUAGAGAAAUCAUUUUUCCAAUAUGGAGAAUUUUUAUGACGGAUCGAAUGAAUGGAGGAAUAAACAUGAAGAGAUAAAUGAUUAUCUCAUUGAGAUUUUGAAGGAAUUAUCCGAACGGAGAAUAAUGGUAAUAACAGUGCGUCGAAAUAGUGAAGUAUCACAAUGGCCGUUGGCGUGAUCAUAUGAUAAUGCUUUUUGCUUUUUGAAAUUAUUUUUGUUUCGACAUUCGUAAAAUACGCUUAUAGGCCUCGAUCGCGUUUACCAAAAUAUGUACUACCAAAUAUCUAUACACAUAAUGUACAUAAGACGUUUGUACUACGAGAAAGAAAAAAAAACAAAAUCGAA